AUGGCGCUUCAGGAGCUCAGUGUUCUUCCUCCAAAAGUGAGGAAGAUCCUAUUCGUAAAGCUUUGGAAUGAUUUCACUCUCUUCUUCUUCACUCUCACCCUCCUCAUCUUCGUCAUUUUCUUCUCCACCUCCAACACCUCUCUCUCUGUCGUCACUACUAAGAUUCUUGCUUCUCGUCUUCAUUCCGACUCAUUUUCUUCUUUCAAUCAUUCUCACAGAACUAGCAGUACGGUUUUAGCACCCAUAAACUUCCCAAGAAAAUCUUGGAUUUAUGCUGCUAUUGAAGAGGACACUUCUUCGUCUUGUGAUAUUUUUGAUGGUGAAUGGAUAGAGGACAAUGAUCUUCAACCGCUUUAUAAAUUGGGUUCUUGUCCAUUUGUUGAUAAUGCUUUCAACUGUUUCAAGAAUGGACGUCAUGAUACAGAUUAUCUCAUGCUUAGAUGGAAGCCACAUGGUCGUGACAUCCCAAGGUUUGAUGGAUUGAAAAUGCUGAAGAUACUAAGGGGGAAAAGACUGGUUUUUGUGGGAGAUUCAUUGAACAACCACAUGUGGGAAUCUCUGGUUUGUGCCUUGAGAAACUCACUCAAUGACAAGAACAAAGUGAACGAAGUUUCUGGACUCCGUGAGUUUGCAAGUCAAGGAUUUUAUCCCUUCAAAUUUAAGGAUUUCAAAUGCUCAAUUGACUUCAUAAAAUCUCCAUUCUUAGUUCAAGAAUGGAAGUUCUCGGAUAAAGCUGGAGCACGCCGUGAAACUCUACGGCUGGAUACAAUCCAUGGCUCUCUUACUAAAUACCAUGAUGCUGACAUUAUCAUCUUCAACACUGGUCAUCGAUGGACUCACCAGAAAACUCACAAACUGAAUAAAUACUUUCAAGAAGGGAAUCAUGUGUACGACAAAUUGGAAGUGGCAGAUGCAUAUACCAAGGCAUUGAAGACAUGGGCACAUUGUGUUGAUACUACUAUCAACAGCAGCAGAACUAGGGUGUUUUUUAGGGGAUACUCAGCUUCUCAUUUCAAAGGUGGUCAAUGGAACAAAGGAGGAAACUGUGAUGGAGAGACAAAACCAAACGAGGCUCAAUUGGGUACAGAUUCAUGGAUGAUGAGAGUUCUUGAAUCAGUAAUAUCAGAAAUGAAAGCACCAGUUAUUUAUCUCAACAUUACGAAGAUGACAGACUAUAGAAAAGAAGGGCACCCUUCAAUAUUCAGAGAAGCAAAAUCAAAGAGGAAGCCUGGGAUGUUCCAAGACUGCAGCCAUUGGUGCCUCCCUGGUGUACCAGAUUUUUGGAAUCAGCUACUUUAUGCAACUUUGCUUGAAUCACAAUAAAAGCUUUCCCAUCCCAAAUAAGACAUCACUCUCUCUGGCCUUUCCCUGAGGUCUUGUAAUGUGUAACUAUGAUCAAAUGCACAUUUGAAAAAAAAAAAAAAAAAGAAUCUUGCACAAUUACUUAUCCAAAAAUUUCUUUAAAAAGUCGGAAAAGAUAUUUGCCUACACAUUUGAGCAUAAUGUGUUCUAAUUCCAAAAUUGUUUCAAAGUUUGUGAUAUGGUUGAGAUUAAAGAGUUUUAGAAGGAGUAUUGUGAGCUCAUCGUCUUCAUACUAGAGAUACUAUUGAAGUGCUGAUAACGAUGCUAACAAGGGAAGUUUGUAAUGCCUCUUUAAGGUUUCCUGGACAAACAAUGGUUGCAAAUUGAAAAUGGGACAAUUUUAUUGACGGUCACUAUAUAUGUCUUUUUUAUUUUUAUUAUUUUUCUAUAUUCUACUUAUAUAUUACUUACUACAUAGAAGCAUGAAGUGUUAAGACGACCACAACAUAAAUAAAUCUAAACAGAAUAUAAAAUUGAUUGAAGAAAAUAAUUAAAUUUUUAUCACCACGCGAAGCGCGACCAAUUUUCCUACUUUUAGUAGUAAGAGCUUAGCAGAAAUUGCUAAACAUGGAGACAUACGUUGAUGAGUUCAUGAAUUUGACCUCUAGUUUUGAGAACAUUAUAUUUGUAACAGCUAGUAAAAGUAAUCGAGGUGUGUUGCAAGCUGACUUGUAUGCCACUUGUACAUACAAAAAAGACAGCCUGAUCCACUAACGCUCCCGAUAUGGUCCAAAAAAAAUCGAACCACAAGGAUUUAUGGUAAGGCUGCGUACGAGUCGCCCCGAUCACUUCACAGGUUUAUGGUAAAGCAUGCCACUUGUACAUACAAAAAAGGCAGCCUACUCCAGCUCCCGAUAUGCGCAAGGUCCGAAAAAAAUCGAACCACAAGGAUUUAUGGUAAGGCUGCAUACGAGUGGUCAGGCUGCAUACGAGUC